AUCACUGGCUGCCAUGGCCACUACCCGUAGGCUUUUGUCAUUUCCGAGCAUCCCCUGAAGCGCUCUUUUUCCUCAUCCAGCAUCCAGACAUCGCGUCUCUCUCGGCGUGUUUACCCGUGCCACGGUGCUCCGCUUCCCGCUGGCAUGUCCGCCCUGCCCACCUGGAACCUGGAGGUUUUCUUUCAAGCCUUCUGGCUGCUCUGGCUGGGCUGUUUUCCUGGAGAUGAUGCGCAGAUGGUUUCUCCAUGUGUUUAGGUUGUGGAGCACCCCCCUACUCCUCCUCCUCAUCAUCAUCAUCCCAUCUCGAGUGGAGCUCCAUGUCCGGCUUCUUUUGUCAACAUGUCCCCAGCAUCGGCUGCAGCGGCCAGUGAAAGCACCACCACCAGUAUCGCCCCUGAAGAGGACUUGGACAACAGUCCCAGAGCUGAGCAGCAGCCUCAGAAACAGUCCCUGCUGAAGUCUUUGUGUCAGGAGACCCACUGGAAAUGUCUGCUGCUGUCCCUGCUCAUGUACGGCUGUGUGGGGGCCAUGGCUUGGUGCCAGAUGACCACCGUGACACGCCUCUCGUUCGACAGCGCCUACAAGGGCAAGUCCAUGAUGUACCACGACAGUCCCUGCUCCAAUGGCUACAUCUACAUCCCCAUGGCGUUCCUGGUCAUGCUCUACGUGGUCUACCUGGUGGAGUGCUGGCAUUGCUACACCAGGAGUCAACUGCAGUACAAAGUGGACGUGGACAACGUGGCCGAGCGCAUCCAGAGAAUGAAGCAGGCCACGCCGUGCAUCUGGUGGAAGGCUAUCAGCUACCACUACGUGAGGAGGACGCGGCAGGUGACACGCUACCGUAACGGCGACGCGUACACCACCACGCAGGUCUACCACGAGAGAGUCAACACGCAUGUAGCUGAGGCCGAGUUUGACUAUGGGAACUGCGGCGUCAAGGACAUCUCCAAGCACCUGCAGGGCAUGGAAUGCUUCCCGAUGACUAAGCUAAGGUUCACAAAGUGCUUCAGCUUUGCUAACGUGGAAUCGGAGAACUCUUACCUGACCCAGAGGGCCAGGUUCUUCACCGAGAAUGAAGGUUUGGAUGACUACAUGGAGGCCCGUGAAGGGAUGCACCUGAAGAAUGUAGACUUUAAGGAAUACAUGAUUGCCUUCUCAGAUCCGGAUCACCUUCCUUGGUAUGGAGCACAUUCCACCUUCUGGGCAGCAGCCGCUUUGACUCUGUCCUGGCCUUUACGGGUGGUGAGCGAGUACCGAACCGCAUGCGUCCACUACCACGUGGAGAAGCUCUUCGGCUUCGACUAUGUGCCGGUGACGCCUUCGGAGGAGCGUCCUUACUGCAGACACAUCCCACGCGUCAACACCAUCGACAGCACAGAGCUGGAGUGGCACAUCCGCUCCAACCAACAACUGGUCCCCAGCUACUCCGAAGCGGUUCUCAUGGACUUGGCUCAGAUCUCGGGCAGCUGCAAUAACUACUCGGUUUGCCGGCGCUACGGCAGCUACAGACAGAACUGCCAGCGGUGCCAGCGCGCCAUCAGCAGCUCCUCCAUUUUCUCACGCAGCGCACUGAGCAUCUGCAACACGGCGAGCCCUCGCCUCCCAUUCAGCGCCAGCCGCUUCUCGUUGGGGCGGCUCUACGGCUCCAGGCGGAGCUGCCCGUGGAGGAGCAGCGGGAGCCUGAACGAGCCCAGCCGGCCCACAGAGAGCACGCGCUGCCUGUCAGGCCAGCCGGACACGGCGGAGAGCCCUCCGGCUUAUCAAGACGCGCUCUACUUUCCCGUACUCAUUGUACAUAACAAUGAAGGCUGCCUCAACCACGACCAUCGUUCUCUGCACAGGAACGGAUCCUGUGUGGAAACAUCUCUGUGAUUUUUGAUGGUGGACAUGUUGGAUGAGGCAGACCUCAAAACGAGACAGUCAGGGGACGCAAAUAUGAUGUGAUUGUUGCACAGAAUACACUGUGGCUUUCAAUACCUUUAAAGUUCUUUUAUCGACACUGUGUGUUACACCCCCAAACGUAAUAACUGCCCACAAACGUAAUACAAAUCUGCAGCUUUGAAUGUAAUAAACUUCCCACAAACGUAAUAAAAUUUGCCUAAUGCAAACGUAAUACUGAAUUUUACAUAUGUGGAAAAGUGAAAACCUGUAAAUGUAAUAACUUCCCACAAAUGUAAUAUGAGACAAAAUAAUGUUGUUUGUUCUUUCUUCUUUUAAUGAGGGAGAAGGUGUAGAUGUCAUUUUGAGGAUUUUAACAAGAUCAUUCUUUUUUUCCUUUUUUUUGUGGAAAAAAUAUUAUUCAAAGAGUAUCAUUUGAAUACAUUAAAACAGGGGUCUCAAACUCAAUUUACUUGGGGGCCACUGGAGCUCGGGUCUGGGUGAGACUGGGCCGCAUCAGGUUUUCUUAAAAAAAACAAAAAAAACGCAUUUAUUAAAAAAAAAACUUCGUUUUGGUUCCAAUUUUCUACAAUAAAAGCUCUGAUAAAACAUUCCACUGUUCUCAAAAAUCUUACUUUUUAUUUUUCCGCACAAAAUAAGAUGAAAAAUAAAUAAAUCAAGAAUAAAGAAAAUCAAUCAAUAAGUAAGAAAUAAAUAAAUAUAAUAAUAAUAAUAAAACGGUAAAUAAUAAAAACUUAAGAAACCACAUAUAGUUGGUCGGUAGACAAAAUUAUUUUUUUCAGAUUAAAAUGAACAAAACAUUAUUAGAGCCCUGUAGACAUGACAAAACACGACUAUAGUCACAUUUAUACUCUUUUUAUUUACAACAUGUUGCGCAACUGCAGGGUCUUGAGACACAUGCUAACUCGCAAACGAGAGAGCUAGCGACCUAAACGAUAGCCUUCAAGUUAUUUCCUUUAAACUUAAAUAGCCAAAAACUUACCACUUCCACACGCAUAGGGAGGAUAACUAUUAACAGUUAUUUAACCUUUAACAUGAACAUUAAUCAAACGUAAUAAUUUUUCUGGGUACAUGAUACCAUACAGCAUCCAUAUCAAACUUGCGCGGGCCGCACUAACAUUAAACUUCCAUAUCAAGGAGGGGGCCUCCGCGUGUUUCAGACCCCUGCAUUAAAGGAAUGUUUAAUUAUUAAAUUAUAAUGUAUUUUAAAUUAAAAAAGGUAACAUAAUUGUGAUAAUUGCUUUAAUAAAUUAUUAUUAUUACAUUUUAUUAUUUCUUUUGAUUCAUUUAUUUCCAUUUUUAUUUAUUUCUUCCCCAUAUACACACAAAAUCACACAUACAAUAAUAUACUGUAACUAAAACGCACAUGUACGCCCACAAACAAAAUGGAAUAAUUUCCUACAAAUGUAAUAGUUAUUACAUUUGUAGGAAAUUCAAUAUUACGUUUGCAGUGGGCAAAUUUAUUACAUUUGCAUUCAAAGCUGCAGAUUUGUAUUACGUUUGUGGUUUAUUACGUUUGCGGGCAGUUAUUACGUUUGCGGGUGUAACACUGUGUUGGUAAAGAAACAACUACCAACACACGGGGCAGUCUUACCGUUUCGAUUUUUCACAGGGAAUACUGUGGAACAUCCAUAUAUAAUCUGUUCUUUCCCUCUGCUGCCAUAGUUCAACCUUUAAUAAAUGUACAGGGAUUUUUUUAACGUUACAUUUUUACCGGCAAGUUAACCACUCUUCGUAUUAAAAUGUAUUUAAAUGUGAGUCCAGUACUCGUACAGUUUGGGGGAAUAAAAAUGUCACAAAAAAGCCAAAGAAAAACCAAAAAUGUCCAAGCAUAUUGUCAAAUUCACCUGUACAUUGUUGCGUACGUGUUCCACAGUGGAUGAAAACACCCAAGUCUUCAUCCACGUAUAGUACACGGCAAUGGACAGGCGACAGCACGGAGUCAUGUACUUUGUUUCCAGGAGGCAUUUUUGUAACGUAUUACUCUUUUGAGCGCAUAUUGUUUUGAAAAUGAAAUUCAACCAGUGGUGGAAAAGUCAUGCAACUUCAUGUUAAAACAUUUGAACGAUACCUUUAAGAGGAUAACCAAAAAAAGGGGACUACUUCACAUAUUUUGAUACUACUUUUCAUAAACUGAAAAAUAUUUGUGUGCUUACCUUUAAUUUGUAUAAUAAGUGCAUGCUUAUGCUUUCUCUAGGAAAGAUUCUGAUUUUGGUAUAUACUUUGGGUAUAUAAUCCUCCAUCUUGGCAGUCAAAUUCAUUCAUUCAUUCAUUAAGCAGAGCAUAAAAACACAUUGCACAGCUAGCUAGCGCUAGCUCACACUAGACAUUACACAGGCUUUCUGCAACAUUAUAUUAUUGAAGAAGCUGGGAUGCCAUUGUACAGAGUUGUAACAACAAACAGUCCCAUUAUAAUGUGAAUGAGAGUCAGCGGGUGGUGCCAAAUUUAUCUAUGGCAGUCUAAAUUCAUUUGUGGCGAGCCCCCAAUGCAAGGGAACUAAUAUAUUUUUUAAAACUUGAUUGUAGAUAUUAAGCUGUACAAAUACGAAGAAAAACAUUCAGUUAGCAUCAUGAAAUAAUGACAUGAAUGAGGAAAGUUGAAAAAAAUAUGGCCUACAUUUCAGGUAUUGAUAUGUCUCAUGUAGUAGACAUUUUUAAAGAGCUGCCUGAUAAAGAUGCUGAACUAUCGGUUUGCGAUGACAUUAUACUUCCUGGCUAGGUAAAUAUAGCAACACGGAUUAUUAAUAAUUCAGUGGAGGAGUGCUAAAGGACACAUGCACUACCAGCAUUUCCUCAAGGCUUUCACACUGACUGUAAACUGUCAUUUUGUACAAAUACCAACCAAGAAAUAAUAACUACUUUAUUUUCAAGCUGUUACUUUUUAAUACUAUUUCUUUUGCAACUACCUCUCUAAGGAAGUGCUUAAAAACUCUUGCUGUUACCGCCGAACAAACAUCUUGUCCUCGAUUUCAAAUGUAGUACAUCAUGUCUCCUUUAAAUGGUUUUGAAUACAAUCAUGGAUUUGGUGUAAUUUAGCCGCGGUAUAGCUGGAUGCUGCUUCUGCUGCUCCAGCUGCUGAUGCAUAUCAGACAGACAAGCGGAGAGUUGGCUCUCAAAGACGCUGAAAAUAGGCGGAGGCCUGCGUUGACUGCUGAUAGUGUCACAUGUAAUAAUACCAGAAGAUGGCUUUUAAAGAAGUGAAAGAACACUCGUCUCUACCGCGGAGUGGAUGUCCGUGUAUGUUCAGGAAAAUCAGGAGUACUGCAACUUUAGAGACAGAUAUGCAGUAGGACAGCGCCUUUAAAAUGAACUUAGUUCUAAAAGUAGAAGCCGACAGAACAAUUUUGUUAUUUCCUCAUUCAGUGUGAAGUAUCCUUAUUAACCUAUGAUAAAACAGGAAGGAAUUUGGCUGAAAAAUGUAUAUUAUGUUACAAUUUAGCACAUUUCAGCAACCAAGGUACAAUAACGUGGAUAUAGUACUUUGGAGAAGUCAGUGUACAGCUUGUGAUUCAACACACCAUACCAUUCAUUCAUUCAUUCAUUUUCUACUGCUUUUUCCUCAUGAAGGUUGCGGGGGUGCUGGAGCCUAUCCCAGCUGUCUUUGGGUGAGAGGCGGGGUACACCCUGGACUGGUGGCCAGCCAAUCACAGGGCACAUAUAGACAAACGACCAUUCACACUCACAUUGAUACCUAUGAACAAUUUGGAGUGGCCAAUUAACCUAGCAUGUUUUUGGAAUGUGGGAGGAAACCGGAGUACCCGGAGAAAACCCACGGGGAGAACAUGCAAACUACACAGAGAGAUAGCCGAGGGUGGAAUUGAACCCUGGUCUCCUAGCUGUAAGGUCUGCGUGCUAACCACUAGACUGCCGUGCCGCCCACAGAUAAGAUAAUAACCCGAAAUAAUAAUUGCAAUAUAGCUGAUCACGGUAUAGUAAAAAUACUAAGGGUAAAUACAACCAAAAUAAAACAAAACUACUCACCCUUGUUGCAUUGUCCACACCACACCAUUAUUGUCUAAAUAGCUGGAAACGUGUGUGAGUACCAAGGUAAUUGUGCCUGUAGCAUCAUGUUCUGGGGCUGCAUGAGUGCUGCCGGUGCCAGGGAGUUGCGAUUCAUGAAUUUCAAAAUGUACGGUGACAUUCUGAAGCACAGCAUGGAGCCCCUCCCUUCGGGAAACUGCAUUGUACAUUUGUACAUGUACACUGUAAGGUGUGCACACUUUAUUCCAGCUAUUUAGAGAAUAAUAACAAUGUGUUAUGAUGAGUUAAUGAGUUGAUU